CACCGCCCCCGCCCGCCCGGCCGCCGCUGUUCCUGUCGUCGCCGCCGCCGCCCCCCGGCUGGGUGCGAGGAUCUCUGCCUGCCUCCUUCCUCUACCUCCCCCCCGCCUCCUCCUCCCCUAGUGAAGCGGACUGUAUAAAAGGGGGUGGAGAGGACCAGAAGGAAAAGUGAAUGGCCGAGCACCGAUAGUGUCACCCCUUACCCCAUUUUUGCCUUGUUCACCCUCAUUCAUCCUCCGCUCGCGGAGCGCCCGAGGCCCCGGCGGCGGAGGAGGAGCGGGGACCGUGCCCGCGGCUCCUGCCUCUGAACACAAAGAUCCCCGUGCGGGCGCACGCACAAUGCACCAGCCGCCCGAGGCCACGGCCGCUGCCGCCGCCGCAGACCUCGGGGCUCGGAAGAUGGCGCACCCGGCCGCCGCCGUCCCCCGGAGGGGCAGCAGCAGCGGCGGGGCCGCGCUCGGCGCCGCGGGCCCCGGCGUGGGCAGCCACGCCGCCUCGGCCGAGGACUACGCACCCCCCGCGCCGCUGCCCGGGGCGGCGGCUGGGGGGCAGGCGCCGCCGCCGCCCCCGCAGAGCCUGCACCUCCUCUCGCAGGCCCCGCAGCUCCCCGCAGCGCCCGGCGGGGCGCAGAUGAAGAAGAAGAGCGGCUUCCAGAUCACGAGCGUCACGCCGGCCCAGAUCUCGGCCAGCAUCAGCUCCAACAACAGCAUCGCCGAGGACACGGAGAGCUACGACGACCUGGACGAGUCCCACACGGAGGACCUGUCCUCCUCCGAGAUCCUCGACGUGUCCCUGUCCAGGGCCACCGACCUGGGGGAGCCGGAGCGGAGCUCGUCCGAGGAGACGCUGAAUAACUUCCAGGAAGCCGAGACCCCCGGGGCGGUCUCUCCCAACCAGCCCCACCUUCCUCAGCAUCAUUUACCUCACCACCCGCCCCAGAACGUCGUGAUCAACGGCAGUGUUCAUCCACACCAUCUCCAUCAUCACCACCACCACCACGGGCACCACCUUCACCACGGGCACCACCAUCCAUCCCACGCUGGUGUCAGCGCGGCUGUUCCCGGAGGGCCACCCCCAAGUCCGGCGUCCAGAAAACUCUCCACAGCUGGAAGUUCAGACAGUGCUUUACCAGCUGCACCAGCUUCUGCUGUCUCAUCCACUGGCACACCUGCAUCUCUAAUGACUAAUGUCCGAAAUACAAAUACUCCCGGCAGUAUAGGUAUAAGUUCUGUUGCUGGCAGUAAUACAAUAAAUAAUAUUAACGUUACAGCAAUGGGUAGUGUUAAUCCUAACGUGACAAACAGCAUGCCUGGUAAUGUUAACGUACCUUCGAGUAACAUUCCAAGUACUGCUAGUGUAAACGCUGUGCCUGGAGCUAGCAGCGGUGUUAAUGUGAAUAUCCUGAGUGGCAUGGGCAAUGGUACUAAUUCUUCUAUUAACAAUGCUCCCACCCCAGCUGCAGGAAUGGCUGUGGGAUCCGUUUCAGCUCAGCAGCAACAACCAGCAGCUGGCACAUCGAGGUUUAGAGUUGUGAAAUUAGAUUCUAGUUCUGAACCCUUUAAAAAGGGUAGAUGGACUUGCACAGAAUUCUAUGAAAAAGAAAAUCCCAUAGCAGUUGCAGAAGGAGUAGCAGUAAACAAAGUGGUGGAGACGGUAAAACAAAACCCAGUUGAAGUGACCUCUGAAAGGGAGAGCACUAGUGGGAGUUCAGUUAGCAGUAAUGUGAGCACAUUGAGUCACUACACAGAGAGUGUGGGGAGUGGAGAGAUGGGGGCCCCUGCUGUGGUCCAGCAGCAGCCAGCACUCCCAGGGGUGGCCCCGCAGCCCAUGGACUUCAGUAGUAGUCCUGGUGCACAGAGUGUAUCGGCAGCUAGUCUACCACAGAGUAUUUCUCAGUCUCAGAUUGCCCCGGUGCAGAUGCAUUCUCAAGAGCUGACCUAUACUCCGCAAAAGCAGGGAAAUCAGCCUCCUCUGCAGGCUGGUAUAAGUGCUGCGGCUGGCAUUCAGUCACCCCCAGUUAACCUCAUCGGUGUACCACCAUCUUUAGGCCAACAGCCUCCCGUCUCCAGCUUGGCUCAACCCCAGUUGUCCUAUUCUCAGACGCCCCCCCUGGUGCAGACCCCUUUAUCGGUUGUAGCACCGCAGCAGCUACAGUAUGGACAGCAGCAACAAACUGUGGCGACACAGGUGACCUCAGGCCACGUUCAGCCGGUAAAUCAAAAUCCCAUCACCGCCACCAUACCGGAGUAUGUUCAGCAUCAGCAAAUUCUCCAAACAGCAGUGCCCCCUAUCCCAGCAAAUUCUGCAGGAGUGGGAACAGCCCCAGUGAUGCCUGUUGCCCAGCCACAAAGCAUUCAGCCUUCAGUGCAAUCUACUGCAGUCCAGGCACAACCUGCAGGGGCACCAAGCCAGCCUGUUGGACAUGGCCAACCAGCAAUCCCUCCUGUAGCUGCUAGUGGUCAAGUUGUGAAUGUUGGUCAGCAAGUGAACAUCCCAGGUGUGGGGCCGCAGCCGGCCACUGUCAGCCAGGUGACGCCUUCGCCUUCACAGGUGGUUCCACCUUCUCAACCUGGGAUCAUUCAGGGAAUUCAAGCCAGUGCUUCAAACCUUCCUCCACCGUUGGUCAUUGCAUCGCAAAGCAACUUGGUAACCGUACAAUCCCAGGCUCAAGGAGCAGAAUCUGUGGCUCAAGGAGCAGAAUCUGUGACUCAAGGAAUGACAAAUCAGCAGUUGCCUCCAGUGAGUCCAUUACCUUCUGCCAGCAAUAUCCCUGCUGCAAAUCAAGUUGGUUCUCUUGUCCCUUCUGCAAUACCAGUUGCUCCUACAAACUUGGGUCCACCUCAGAACAUAGCACAAACUUCAGCUAUACAGAAUGGGAAUUUGGUUCAGAGUGUUAGUCAGCCUCCCUUGAUAGCAGCUAACAUAAAUUUGCCUGUGACGCAGCCGAUCCCUCUAAGUUCUACUCAGUUCCCCACACAGUCACUAACUCAGUCCGUUGGAAGCCAGAGUGAAGAAGCCAGGCAUCCUGUGGAGCACGCAGUAGUUGGCGUACCUCAGACUGUCACUGGGGAAAGCAGCGGGGGCCUGGCCUCAGUCUCUGAUGGGAGUGGAGGUGCCAUAGCAGCUUCAGCUUCUCUCUUCCCGUUGAAGGUGCUGCCGCUGACCACACCCCUCGUUGAUGGCGAGGAUGAGAGUGCUUCUCCCCUACCAGAGGUGCAAGGAAUGAUCCUAGAACCACAGAUACAGCCAAGACUACGGAGAGCUUUUGACGUCAGGGGUCCACUUUCUCCACUGAACCAUUGGAGGCAGAAUAUCCAGCUUCUGGAGAGAGUGGGAAAGAAUAAUAAACAAUCCGUAGGUGGUCCUCCUUGGCAGACAGAACAGCAAAACCAUAGCCGAGAGGUUCUGACAUCGCUCACAAUAAUGCGACUCUUUGAGAUCUGCCAAGAACUUUUCACAUUACUCACCAGUCCCAAACAACCCAAAGCUCCCGCUCUCAUCUCCAUGCGGAGAUCCCUGGAGCUGCCUUUGAGAUCAGACGCAGCCGUGACUCCAAAUGGCCCUUCCCUCCUCUCCUCUCGGUCUGGCCCCUUUGGCCAGUCUGGGCUUUUCCAGAACUUGAGCCGUGCUGCUGGACUAGGCAACGCUGACUUUGAUGAGCGGCUUCCCCACCCUUGGCUCUGA